UAUUCAUUGGGCUCCAUCCCAUUUCUACACCCCAAAAUCUCAGAAAAGUCACUGAGAGGCGUGGUCUGCAGCUGCUCUUGUGGCAAGAUUGCGAAGACCAGCAGGCAUGUCUGACAAACCUGCAACCCAAUCUGCCUCAAGCACUGCCUAUGCUGGCUAUCCUCAGUCAAGAAUGCCGUACACUGCAUCGGGCUAUCCACAGUACAAUGGAGCCAUGAACAUGGCCAAUUCCAACCCCCUUGCCAGCAUGCAGAACCUCAAAGCCACCUUGCCCUCCUCUGCUUCUGUCGAGACUGAGAUGAACGCAGUCAAUCGUCCAGGAUACAGCAGCCCCUUGAUGAUGUUGCCAUCCGGCCAAGCCGUCCCAAUGUCCAACUUCUACGGCCAGAACCAAACCUCAGCUGGAGAUAGUGCUUCCCAACUGCCUUAUGUCCCCACCGGAAUGUUUCCCAGCUUCAUUGGCAACACCAGCUUGGCCACAAGUACUCUCCCGGGAUAUGGCUGGCCCUACAAUCUCACUUCCAACGUUGCUGGGUUUGAUCCAGGUCGUCGAGGGUCUUGGUCUUCAAACGAAGAGAAUGCUUCCAACAACCAAAAUGUCACACUUCAAGGUCAAUCAGACUACUACAACUCCAUGGCAUACCUGUCGACUGCACCCGCCAGCCAACACUACAUUGCCGGACCCAUUCAACCCAUGAAGUGUCAAGACAACAAGUCAUACGAGAUGGUUAAUCUCGAUGAGCUCGUCAACCGUGACCCUCCGAUCCCUCGUGCAGUGCCUGCUAUGUGGACCAACCAGGAAGAACUCAGCCUGGCCAAAUGUCUUCAGAAUCCUGAGGGCAUCACCAAUGUCUACAUUCGUGGCUUCAUGCCGGAUACCACUGAUGAGGAUCUAGAACGCUGGGCUUCUCGCUUUGGGGAGAUUGAGUCAUGCAAGGCCAUUAUCGAACAGGACACUGGCAAAUGUAAAGGAUUUGGGUUCGUCAUGUACUAUUCUCCCGCCGCAGCAGAGAACUGCAUCCGUGGUUUCUUCCAUCUUGGCUUUCAAGCCAGCUAUGCCCAGAAAUCUCGCAACUCUCGACUCAAGGACCUUGAAGAUAAGAACUCCACCAACAUCUACUGCACCGGGGUCCCCAUUGACUGGAAUGAAUCGGAUCUGGCCAAACACUUUUUGCCUUAUCACGCCGUAUCCACCAAGAUCUGCCGCGAUGCUCCGUCCGGCGUCAGCAAAGAAGUCGGCUUUGCCAGAUUCGAAACACGUGAAAUUGCAGAGCGUGUCAUCAAAGAAUUCCAUUCCGUCCUCAACGAACGUGAUUGUAUCAAAUUGUUCCUCCGCUUCGCCGACACCAAAGCUCAGAAGCAACUCAAACAACAGAGCCAAGAGCGCCGCAACUGGCGCAGCCGAGAGUACAGCUAUUCGGUUGAGCACACUCCAUCUCCCACUCUGUCUCGACUGCAGAACAUGAACAAUCACAUCAGUCCGAAUGGCAGUUACCAGUCUCCUGCUGGAACUGCCAAUGGCUUCACUCCAGCGACGUCAGUCUCUCCGCCUGAGCUGCCCAGUGUCAACAACAAGGCUCCGAGCAUGAUCCGCAACUCCACUUCGGCAUGGCCCAUGCAGGGGGGCCUGCAGUCGAUCACCAACACUACCACUGUUCGAACCAACCUUCCAGUCAGUGCAGCAACCCACCCUUACAUCGAAGUCCCACCAAAGAAUGCUGCUUCGAUUGCCAUCAUCCCGGACGGCGGUGACCCCAGCAAGAAGACCAAGACUCCAAGUCCCAAGAAGGUCACCAUUAGGAUUGAGCCAGCCAGCGGCAAGGAGAACUACACCACCACUACUCCGCAAUCCAGCAAGUGAGCCAGCUACACCACAAUUGCCAAGGACACCCAUUCCCGCAUGCUUCCAACUAUUUUUGGCGUGCAUUUGUUCUUGGUCCGCUGGUACUACCCAUCUUGAUUUCCUUUUGCUCAUUCUUGCCUUGAGCAUGCACAAUCAUCCCCUGGAGCAUGCAAUUUUGUCACCACCAGCGCAUAUUUAGAGCAUGAAAAGAGAUGGCAUGCAUUAUCCAUGUACAGCAAGACAUUGAUCCUUGUGUAUUGAUGGAAGAAAACAUGAUUGUGGCAAUAUGUUGAUAUGGCAGGUGUAGGAGGAGAGCUGGACGGGUUAUGUCUUGACAGUUUGCAUUUACUAGCUCAGCAUGUAGUUACUUGAGAGAUUGAUCUCACAAUGCAUCAAGAUUAAUAUGCCGG